CCCGGCCCCGCGACCCCCAGCCCGGCGACCACUCUUGCGGCCCCCGAGGAACCCUCCGAGGCGCAACAUGUGGACCAAGAUGAUGCUCUGGACCGCCGUCGUCGCGCUCCUCCCACGACCAACCCCGGUGACCGCCUCCGGGGUGUUCGAGCUCCGGCUCAAGUCCUUCGUCAACGAGUACGGGAAGGACAGCCUGGGGAAGUGCUGCUCGGGCACCACCUCCAGGACCGGCGAGUGCUCCGGAGUCUGCCGGACGAGGUUCAGGGUGUGCCUGAAACAGUACCAGGCGAAGAUCGACACGACCACCCCGUGCACCUACGGAGACGUCGUCACGCCGGUCCUCGGCGAGAACGUCGUCAACCUCAGCUCGACGGUCGCCCUGCCCAGCUUCAGCAACCCCAUCAGCUUCCCCUUCGACUUCACGUGGCCGGGCACCUUCUCGCUGAUCGUCGAGGCGUACCACGACGCGAACGACACGACGCACCACUCUCCGGAGAAGGUCCUUAUCACCAGACUGACGACCCAGCGGUGGCUGGACGUGGGGCCCACGUGGGUAGAGGACGAGCACCGUAGCGCCCAUUCGCUUAUGGUGUACGAGUACAGGGUGACGUGCGUCGCCCAUUACUAUGGAAAGGGAUGCGAGAACCUCUGCAGGCCUCGAGACGACGGGUUCGGACACUACAGCUGCAGCCCCACCGGCGAGAGGGUCUGCCUGUCCGGGUGGAAGGACGACUACUGUGCCACUCCUCGCUGCCUGCCCGGAUGCGACGAGCAGCACGGACACUGCAGUCGGCCCAACGAAUGCCUGUGCCACAACGGCUGGACGGGGGCCUUCUGCGACCAGUGCGUGCGGUACCCCGGGUGCCUCCACGGUAGCUGCCAGAAGCCCUGGGAGUGCCUCUGCGACGAGGGCUGGGGCGGCCUCUUCUGCAACCAGGACCUCAACUACUGCACGAACCACAAGCCCUGCCUGAACGGCGGCACCUGCUUCAACACCGGCCAGGGCUCGUACACCUGCUCCUGCGCGCCCGGCUUCACCGGCGCCGAGUGCCAGACCCCGCUCGUCGACUGCCACUCCAGGCCCUGCCUGAACGGCGGCGCCUGCGCCCCGGAGUCGCGUCGCCACGCCAACGCCACCGCCGUCGCCGCCGCCGGCUACCGGUGCACCUGCCCGCCCGGGUGGCGCGGCCGCCACUGCGAGGUCAGCACCAGGUCCUGCCGCGACUCCCCCUGCCGCCGGGGCGCGACCUGCGAGGACGACGCCCUGAAGGGGUACGCCUGCCGCUGCCCUCCCGGGUACUCCGGCCCCGACUGCGAGACCCGGGUCGACGACUGCGCGCCCAACCCCUGCGCCAACGGCGGCACCUGCUCGACCAGGCCCGACGGAUUCCGCUGCACCUGCCCCGCCGGCUUCACCGGCGAGCGGUGCGACGUCGACGUCGACGACUGCCGCAGCGAUCCCUGCCUGAACGGCGCGACCUGCGUCGACCUGGUCGACCGGUUCCGCUGCCAGUGCGUCCCCGGCUUCGUCGGCGCCCUGUGCCAGGACAAGGUCGACUACUGCCUCGCCAAGCCCUGCGCCAACGGCGGCAGGUGCACCUCCGGGACCAACGACUACGAGUGCGAGUGCCGGCCCGGGUUCACCGGCAAGGACUGCAGCGUCGACGUCGACGAGUGCCGUAGCGCGCCCUGCCGGAACGGCGGCACCUGUCGGAACCGCGUCAACGGGUUCACCUGCGAGUGCCCGCGCAGCUGGCGCGGCGAGAUCUGCGCCGAGGAGGCCCGCGGCCCGGUCGCCGCGGCCGCGCCGCCCUCCGGCGCCAGCUACUGGUCCGGCAACCUCUCCCGGCACGUCGCCUCCGAGGCCGGCGCCGCCGGGCUCACCACCGAGCACGUCGUCGUCAUCGCCACCCUCUCGACGGCGGUCCCGGCCUUCGUCCUGGUGGCCGCGGUCGCGGUCAUGUGUAUGAAGCGCCGCCAGAAGCGCGAGCAGGCCAAGGCGGACGAGGAGGCGCGACUGCAGAACGAGCGGAAUGCCGUGCACAGUAGUCUCGGGAAACGCGGCGCCCUGGGCGCGCUGGGCGGCCUGGGCGGGCUGGGCGGACUGGCCGCCCUGGGCGGCUCCGCCGCCGCCCCCGGCGGUCCCGGCGGCGCCGGCCCCGCCGGCCCCGGCGACCCCCACAUGAUCAAGAACACCUGGGCGGCCAACAAGAGCGUCAACAACGCGCCCGCCAGAGACGACCUGGACUGCUCCUUCUCCUCGGGCGACGCCCUCGACGCCGGUGGCGGCGGCGGCGGCUACAAGCCCGAGCCCGUCGUUCAGGACGGCAGACCGCGCGCCACGAAACAGCUCAACACCGACGCCGCCGCCCACAGGGCGUCGCAUCUCUACCAGAAGGAGAAGGACUGCGGCCUCGGGGUCGGCGUCGGGAUCGGGAUCGGCAUCAGCGUCGGCGUCGGCGUCCUCGACGCCAAGCGGUCGUCCGUCUUCGCCGGCGGCGACUCGUGUUGCGGGGAGGCGGCCCUCCUGAAGAGGCCCGCCAUCGCCGAGGGCCCCGGCAGCGGCCCCGGCGCCGAGAGCGGGUGCGGCGUCUACGUCAUAGACGACCACUACAGACACGACGCCUCGCUCGCCGCGACGCUCGCCACGGAGGUCUAGGGACUACGGUAUACAGAUAGAGAUGAUAUAUAUGUGUACGCGUAUGCAGCUGUGCGUACGUGCCGUAUGUGUGCGCGCGUGGGUGUAUAUAUAUACGUGAGCGCGGACGAGGUCGGCGGCGACGGGGAGGGUCCCGCCGAGGCGCGCCGCGCGGAGGCCCUUGGAGACGUCCUCGCAGCGCGGCGGCCCUCGCCGGGCCCUACCCCCACCCUCCCCCCACCUAGCUGUAUUAAUAUUCUAUGCCGUGCUCGAAGCAUCUUGUACAGAACUAAUUUAUUAUUAUUGUUAUUUACUCCUACCUAGGAUUGCUAUUAUUAAUAUUAUUAUUAAUAUUACCACGCUAUGUCGCAUUAUCAUUGUUCCAUUAAUUUGCCGAUUGUGUAACCGACUCCGAGCGUGGACGAGCAAGAGGGAGUGAGUGUCCGAGUGCGCGCGCGUGUGUGUAUGCGUAUCCGUUCGUAUGUGUGCGGGGGUGGACCCGCGUGGGUGCGCGUCCGGCGAGCGCCGUCGUCUCGGCGCGUGCGACGCCUCGACGUCCCCGACGCCGGUUUCGCAACGGCGAGGACCAACGGAGAGGCGGCCGCGCGCGCCGGUCCUCGAGGAGGCGGCGAGAGUGAAGGGAGAUCGAGAGAGACGGGGCGACCGGCGCUCAAGGUGGAGCGAGAGAGACCGCGCGAUCGCUCGAGGGGCCGCGAGGGAGAGCGAGAGAGACAAGCGGAGUACUUUCGCGCCCGAGGACCGAGGAUCUCGCCGAGGUGUGCGGGUGGAGGUACUCCGCCUUGGCACCGGGGCAAAAGUGACGAUCCUAACCUAAUCGUCCCAAUUAUUCCAAUCACCCGACAAACCGUCGUCUAACCCCCGCACUCCUCGGACCGUCGUAUCUCCGUCGUCGGGCCCGAGUCUCGUCCUCUCGUUCUCCAUCCGGAAGGACGGAGAAUCGAAACUCCGGUCUCGUCUGUCCGUCCUUCCCGAGGCGUCCCACCCUCGGUCUCCCAUUUCACGGAGAGACGUCCUCUCCGUCGGCUUGCGAGCCAGGCAUCGAGCGAAGCGAAGGGUGACGGAGGGCGCCGUCUCCACGGCGCGCGUUCUCGGGAGCGGCGUCGUCGUCGCCGCCGUGCCGUUUUAGGUUCACAAUGCGAUGUUUCUUUUUCCCCCCCUUCCUCGUGACCGGCCCUUCUUACCCCGCGUUUCGUCGGCGACGCGACGCCCUCCGUCCCGGCGGGCCCGCGGUCGUGCGCGCGCAGCCCCGUCUGACGAAGUUCGCUUUCUUUUUUUACGCGGAAGGGUCCCCGCUCGACGGACCAGCCUUCACCGGUAGACGCGCGGGGGCUCCGCGCGUGUCGUCCGCUCGACGGGCCCGGCGCCACCCCCCUCCUCUAUGUUAAGUAAUUAUUUAUUUGUGAUGAUAGAGACGAUGAUUACGAUGGUGAUGACGACGAAACGAGGCGACGACGAGUAGUGGUAGUGGUGACGAUCCCGACGCGUGCGCGCAUGCGCGCACGCCGCUCCGGCGCCGCCAUGAUGCGAUAUAAUAUAUGACGAACAAAGAUUCGAUGAUGUUCCUGUUAAAUAGUUAUUAAAGCACACAAAACAUAUUACCAACUAAGUCAGGCUUGGGUCUCGUUCGCGGCGGCCGACGUCCUCGGGGAUUCGGAAGGACGCGCCCUCCCGAGGGCCCCUAAUUAUUUCCUACCCCCCGAGGACCUUCCCCCUCCUCGAUCCUAGGUACCCCGAGAGAGUACGUACGUACGAACGAUUAUAUUAUAUGAAUACAAUGUGUAAUAAAGCUGUUGUCAUUUUUUGUACUUACAUUCUUUGAACGACUUCGAGUGCGCGUCGCUCGCUGCCGCCGACGACGUUCCUCGGUCCCCUUCCCCGACCCCCCGACCCCCUCCUGGGGCACCGGGGGGCCCUGUAAAGGCUCCGGCACGCUUCCCUCUGUAUAAAGUCGAGACCUGUAUAUUUUGUAGCACGUAGGACUUGUACAAUCGUCGAGAGCCCCCGAGCCUAGUGAUUACUUCGAUUGCGACUUACUUUUAGUGAUUUACCGCUCUCCGCUACUCUCUCUAUUAUCAUUACCGUGUAAAUAGAUAUGGAUUGUCAGUGAAGCGGCGACGUCGCGAGGACGACGAGUGAACGAUGAUUAAUAAUGAUACCUUCGAAGAUAA